AUGAAAAUGGUUUUGAAGGAUAAAAGGAAAAAAAAAAAAAAUAUCGUAAAAUAUACGAACAAGAAAAAUUUCAGUAAAUUUCCUACGAGGGAAGAAAAUGACAAAAGAGGAAAUGCCAACCACAGAAGCGAACUUUAUGACGAGAGUGACUUACCAUGUUAUGACAAUAACGAUGACAUCCUAAUUAGGGAUAAGGAUUUUCUUUCGUACAUUUUAAAGUCUGAUGAUGAAUUAAGCGAGAAAGUGACACUUUCAAAGGCACAAGCGUCAAAUAUAGGGACACGCAAGGGCCUUCAGGCUGAUUUCCUCCUCGCAGCCGUGGCGUUUAGCAUACCUCCCGGCAUGGUAUAG